AUGCUCUCCAUGUGCCGCUUCACGGUUGGCUGCUCUGAGACGGGCGCGGACGCCGGAGCGGCGCCGGCGUCCCCGCCGGCGGGCUCCGCGCCGGGGGGCAGCGCAGGGCGCGCGGCGGCGCCCAGCCAGGCGGGGCCGCUGCUGCUGUGGAUCAACACCAAUGUCCACCCGACGAUUAUCAGGAACAUCCCGAACGCGAUCACCUGCAUGACGGUGCUUUGCGGCUUCUGCCUCAUGACGUCCACGACCAUCCCUGGCAUGUCGCCGCAGGCCUGCGUUCUCCUGACGGCGCUCGGGCUGGUUGCAGAUGUAUUGGAUGGCCAAGCAGCUCGGUGGCUGCGCGUCAAGUCGAAGUUCGGAGCCACCUUCGAUCAGAUGGCAGAUCUGUGCUGCUUCGGCAUUGGCCCCGCCAUCUUUUACACGCGCCAGAGAUUAUUGUCGAUGCCCGACGACACGCUGUCGACGGUGCUUACACUGACCUCAGGAUAUGCGUACAUGGCAUGCAGCUGUUACCGUAUAGCGCGAGAACUGAUCGUCCACGACGGCACGCGGCCGCUCUACUUCGUCGGCAUUCCCACGAACCUGGCCUGCUGCUUCGUGGUGCCCGUCGCCGCGUUCGACCCCACGGGCGUGUACCUCCCGCCCCUGGUCUACGCCCUGAGCGUUCUCAUGGUGGCCCCGGUCAACAUACCCAAGGGCCUCUGG